AUGGGAAACGAUGGAGGAUCAAUAGUAAAAAGUGAUAUUAUAAAGAAGAAAAAGAAAGAUGAAAUAUUAAACAAAAGCGAUUUGGAUGAAAGUAGAUGGUUUAGAUGUACGCUGUUACAAGAUCAACUAGUCGAUCCGAUAGUAGCAGAUGAUUUGGGUAAUCUAUUCAACAAGGAGAAUAUCAUACAAGCUCUAUUGGAUGGUUCAUUGGCAACUCAUCCUCAAUUUAGUCAUAUUCGUUCACUCAGAUCGCUACACAAUGUACAUUUUAUCGAUAAUCCCUCCUAUCAACACGGAGACAAGAAAAAAUCUAGAUGGUAUUGUCCCAUUACAAAGAAUGAAGUUGGUGGACAUCAAAUACGUUUCAAACUACUACCUAGUUGCGGUCAUGCAAUCUCUGAUCGUGCAUUUUCAAUCAUCGAUACAAAUAAUUGUUUUAUUUGUUCAAAACCUUUUAUCAAAGAUGAUAUCAUCACCUUAAAUCCUUCUCCUCAAGAAUUAUUAAUUAUUAAACAAAAAUUAAUUGAUAAGAAAAAAAAGAAAAAUAAUAAUAAUAAUAGAAAACAACAACAAAAGGAAAAGGAAAUUAAAAAAGAAGAAGAAGAAAAGGAAACUCAAGUACAAGAAAAGGAAAUUAAAAAAGAACAAGAAAAGAAAGAAGAGAAUGAAGAAGAAACAACUAGUACUACAACUACUAGUACGACUUCAACAACUAGUACUACUUCAACUGAUACAACAUUUAAAAAGAAAAGAAAAGAAACUGAACCAUUAGAAACAAGUAAUGAAUCUAAUCAAUUUGAAAAUACUACUACUACUACAGAUAUUGAUAAAUUGGCAAAAAAGAAAAUAAAAGAAGAAAUAAAAAAAGAUUAA